AUGGGUCCUCCCACUGCCCUACUGCCCUUGGAGGGCUCAUUUGACCAUGGCUACCUCAAUCCCCACUACACCCAGUGGGCUUUACCUGGCUCUGGACUCUCCUGUAGUGCCACUGCAGGAGAGUGUGCACCCAUGAUCUUCCAAGGCCCUGAUGCAGCUAGGGGCUUCCCCUGGUCCAGAAUUCCUAGCAGCCUCACUGAAACCAGAGAGUUUGACCAACCCUUGUGCUCAUCCAUGGCCCUCCUUCAAUCAUUACACCACAAUAUGCUAUCAGGUAACUCUACACACAAUUCAGAAUUUUUUCUUCAGGGAUUAUCAAAUGAACCAGAACUACAGUCUCUCAUAUUUGUGCUUUUCCUCUCCAUGUACCUGAUCACUGUGUUUGGAAACCUGCUCAUCAUCCUGGCUGUCAGCUCAGACUCUCACCUCUACACACCCAUGUACUUUUUUCUUUCAAACCUGUCCUUUGCAGACAUCUGUUUCACCACAACCACAAUCCUAAAGAUGCUAGUGAAUAUACAGACCCAGAGCAACACUAUAACCUAUGAAGGCUGCAUCACCCAGAUGUAUUUUUACAUACACUUUGCAGUGUUGGAUGACUUUCUGCUGGCUGUGAUGGCCUAUGACCGUUUUGUGGCCAUCUGCCACCCCCUGCACUACACAGUCAUCAUGAACCCCCAGCUCUGUGAACUGCUGGUUCUAGUGUUCUGGAUCAUUAGUGCCUUGCAUUCCUUGUUAGAAAGCCUAAUGAUAUUGCGGUUGUCCUUCUGUACAGACUUGGAAAUCCCCCACUUCUUCUGUGAAAUCAAACAAGUUGUCAGACUUGCCUGUUGUGACACAUUUCUUAAUGACACAAUUCUAUAUGUUACAGCAGUGCUGUUGGGUGGUGUUCCGCUGGCUGGCAUCCUUUGCUCUUACUCCAAGAUAGUAUUCUGCAUACAUGGAAUCACAUCAGCUCAGGGGAAGUAUAAAGCAUUUUCCACCUGUGCAUCUCACCUCUCAGUUGUCUCCUUAUAUUAUAGUACAAGCAUAGGAGUGUACCUUUGCUCUGCUGCUCCCCGCAACUCACGAUCACGUGCAACAGUCUCAGUGAUGUACACUGUGGUCACACCCAUGCUGAAUCCCUUCAUCUACAGUCUGAGGAAUAAAGACAUCAAGAGGGCUCUGAAAAGAGUUGUUCAGCUGGCAAUUAUAAAAAGGGAAAUUGUUCUGGGUCUAAAAAAGUCCACUUGA